UAUAAAGUCUAAACACUCCACUCGUCUGUAUUCGAAUGUGUACUCGCCUCAAAGUCCUACAGAAGUGCAAACUAUCCGUGUUGAUAUGCCAAGUAGCAGAGCUUGUUCACCUACAAGUUGAUUCGAAAUAGAUAAGAGAGGAGGGAUUUCACUUCUGUGAGUGUGAAGGAAGCAGAUUCUAUCGAACAAGAAAAUCUUCCUACCAUCGGCAGCCUGGACAUUGUGUGGGGAGGAUCUCUGCACAGGUAGUCAGGACACCAGUGGAGCAUUAAAUGUGACAUCAUUUGGCACUAAGGUGCUGUCAACAUAUAUGUAUGAUGCCCCCAAGAAAUGGCAGAUGGGUGGUACAUGUGUAACCGUUAUAUUUACCUGCAUGUAGUGCAGUAGCUGGCGCAAUGUAUCUGCCAUUACUGGGGGCUUCCUGAGUGUAAUGUGUGAGUAUCUGCUCAGAUUUGUGCAUGUGUACAUGGAUUUCCAGUUCUGGAUUCUGCAUAGGAGGUCUCUUAAGCCUGGUUUCCAUGUCAACGCAAUCAAAACCUAAACUGCAACACAGACAUAUGGAAACAUGCCGAAUGGAAGUGCCGCCGACAAUGCAAACAAACACAAACCAGCCCACAAACAAUCAGCAUAGUUGAGCCAGGUUCAACUUUGCCGACUGCCUGCGUUGAGUAUCCCCAUACAAACACGCAUACAUUCGUUCCACGAAUAUUGCCCAUUUUCUCCUAAAGGCUUAGAUAUUACCCCCCUUAUGAACAAGUAAAUAGCUGACCGUCAAUGAAAUGCAUGAAACUGGAUUACCGGUUCGGCUUCAUGAGGCGGUACGGUCAAUCUACAUGUACCUGUAAAUGGGUAUUAUCUGAAAAAAAAAUUCUGGAGUUUUGGACGCCGUUGUGUUUCCAUGUUUGGGUGGAAUGAUGCCAUGCACCAUCUCUUCCGUUUGUGUCUGUGUCUUCACGUCUUACGGACCGUCUGUGUUACAAUCGACUAUAUGGAAACCAGGCUUUAUUCUCUUGGAGUCUGUGCAUAGGUGAUGCGUGGUGAAGACCGCCGGUGUACAAUUGUAAGCAAACCAUGGUAUUUAUUGGCAGUGUUGGCACAUACAUAUGGUACCUGAGAAGGUAUCCCUGUGUCGAUUCACUGCACUCCGACACAGAUGAGCAUACAGGAUAGUAUGACAUUUAGACCGUGACUGGGCCGGUGUUGUUAUUCAACUGUUUUGACAUUGGAUUCUUGACGUAUUACCUUGUCUAGCAAUGGACAUUAUGGAAACUUCCUUACCUGAUUCCGCACGUGAUGAAGCUUGUAGAAUGUGUCAGCAGUGGCCUGUGUGAUUCAUGGAAGAACAUUUUGAUUCAACUUUCUUUUGAUUACUCAAAUGCUAGAUACUUGUGGAAUAUCAAGUACUUUGUGUGACAAUUAUGCAUCCACUCUUAACAUGUUCCCUCCUUUGUCAAAACUCUAGCGAAACAAGCUGUGCAACAGGAUCACUUGGGAGGACAUUUUCAGUCUGGGGAAAAAAUCAAAGAAUCUGUGGCAUGGAUGCUUGUGCGUGUGAUCGGAUUUGUCCUUGAAGUCUCUUGACUUGCAGGAACCAGACUGCCAGUCUUCCAGCACCGCUUCCAGUAUGGAGGAGGUGAAAGCGAUUCCGUUUUACCCGUCCACACAAUUCGCUGACGUCCUUGACAACCCCAGGUCCUACUUUGGCUACGCAUCCACGCCCGAGGAGGCUGAGGAGGUCAUCCGUCAGUACAAAGCUCAUACAUCAACCAAGUAUGUGUGCUACAAGGAGACACCAGGCUAUGGCCAUCCGCUUAAAGAGGCCCUAAAGACACAUAGACGCACCAUCAGGUAUAAAGACCAAACCACCCACGGGGAGAACACCACGCCCCUCCCUCUCAACGGCACCCCUUUCAUCAUACUGGGUCGGAGGUGGGAGCAGUGCCAGUAUGGACCGGAUCGUAGGAAGCCUAGGGAGCGUCCUCCAAAGCGCUUGAGAAAGUCCAAAAAGAUGGGAUGUCCCUCGCAAAUAAUCCUGAGAGACUUGUUUGUUUUCCCACAGUUCAAGGUUCCACUUGAUUCAAGGCUCAAGAGAGCCGCCAAAUUGGUGUCAGCCAAGAUCAAAUCACAGUUGGACUCUGGGAAUGUAGAAGGCGAGAGACGGGUGUACAUUGACCUGCCAGAUCCUUUGGGACACGUCGGCCAUGUUUUGGGACAGGAGAUAGAAAUUCUAUCGCAACGAAAGAAGAGGAAGUUACUCGCCGAGGAAAGAGCCAUGAUGGAUCUGACAUUUUUGGGCACAGCUUCCUGCUUCCCGACACCCAAGAGAGGGGUUUCUUCAACAGUCUUCAGACAUGAUGGUGAAUGUUGGAUGUUUGAUUGUGGGGAGGGGACCCAGAUCCAAAUCAUGAAGAGCAAACUCAAAGCCAGCCGCAUCACCAAAAUUUUCAUCACCCAUCUCCAUGGUGACCACCUCUUCGGCCUGCCGGGCUUGCUAUGCACCAUGAGCCAGGACUCCAGCAUCAAGAGGAUUGAGUUAUACGGCCCGUGGGGCUUACGCAAAUACCUGCGAGUGUCUCUGGAACUAUCGCGGUCGAUGUUUGACUUCACCUACGUAGUACAUGAGCUGAUUCCAUCAGCGGAUGACUUGCCAUCGGACUGGGAGGAGUGGCACCCAGACCACGAAGCUGAUCAACAAUGUCACCCCCAAGAAGAAAUGGGCCGGUCCAUAGAGAUGGACCCAGAACAAGGAUGCUGGCCUCUCUUUGAAGACAAGAAACUAGCCGUCAAGGCCGCCCCGCUAGUGCACCGCAUCCCAUGCUUUGGUUAUGUCAUUGAAGAGAAAACUCAAGUUGGAAAAUUGAAAGCUGGGUAUCUAAAGGAGAGAGGAAUACCGCCGGGUCCCUUGUAUGCCAAGAUCAAAUCAGGAGAGAACAUUGUGUCACCCAGUGGUGAGAUCAUCACUCCAAUUGAAGCCAUUGGACCGUCAAUACAAGGACGGAAAAUAGUCAUUCUUGGAGACACAAAGGACUCCUCUCAGAUCAGCAGGAUAGCCUACGACGCUGACAUCCUGGUACACGAGGCCACCUUAAACAAUGAACUUGUGGAGAAAUGCUUGGAGGCUGGCCAUUCCACACCAGCCAUGGCAGCUGAGUUUGCCAGGAGCAUCAACGCCAAGAGCCUGGUCCUCUUCCACGUCAGUCAGCGCUUCAGGCCCCUAAACGAGACGGCUGAGGACGGGGAAGAAACGGUGGAACUCUUGCUGAGGCAGGCAACCGAGACCAAUUACACUGGUCAGGUGGUCAUCGCUGAAGACCUUGAUACCAUCACCAUACACAGGAAGGUGGAAGUGUUGGCCACAGAGAUGGACACAGAGGCCUCAAUGAAAAGUUGAUGUCAUCUUCUUAGGAGAAUGAACAUGGACUUUUGUCUCUCGUUAGUUGGGUACGGGUGCAGGGAGAACAUUGCCAAUGACCUUAAGCUUGUUACCAGACUGUCCUUUUCCUAGUCCAACAAUUACAUUGCCAAUCAGUUCAUAGACUACUUCAAGGAGACUAUUUGGCGGAGAUGCAGUUGCUGUGGGUGUACCACGCUAGCACGUUCUGAAACAUGAGGAGCACGUGCAUUAUUUUAUGACAGGUCACAGCACCGGGCUGGUCAAAGAGACAUGUAAUGUGUGCGUAUGAUCUUCCCGCAGGCGUGGUAGCACCACAGUGCAGCGGGCGACUGACUCACAGAGAAACAAUUCUAUGAGAUCUGGCACUUGCGGUUUGGUCUUUUGGUAAAGGUGUGGUAGCACUGCUUUAAUGGCCUCUAAUACCAGACAAUGGAUUAGCCUCUAACAGUGCAGCGGGCGACUGACUCACUGAGAAACAAGACUAUGAGAUCUGGCACUUGUGGUUUUGUCUUUUGGUAAAGCUGGACAGAAAAGCCAUGCUGAAAAUGCCCUAGCAUUUACAAACGGACUUGGACAAAGACUUGCACUUCCAUACCAUCUCAGAGAAGCUGAACAUUCCAUACAUAACUUUCUCCGGAAGCAGAUGCCCACUGGCCUGUGUAAUGUGUUAAAAACUGUUGAGUCAAUUCAGCCAUGAUGUUCUCUCCCCUAGGACAUUUUUUGCCUUUGAGUUUUAUGUAUAUGAUAGGACCACAAGUCUAUUGGUGUUUCUAUUCAUAUUCAGGUUUUAUUUAAUCAAUCCGCAGUAUUAAGCUGAAUUACCUGGUUUUUGCAUUCAUACAAAAUCACAAGUGGAAAUUACAAAUAUGAAAAUAAACAAUAAGUAUAAUUUCAAAAUUUCUUAAGAUGACAAGAAAAGUAAAAAUAACCACAAAAACCAUUAAAUUAUUUGAAAAAAAGAAGAACACAAAACUGCACAAGAGUUCUGCACGGGCAGAAUACUAGGGAGAGUUUGAUCAAGGACCACUAGUAACUAGUGGUUGGUUUGUGACGUACCUAGUGCAUGGGCAGUGAAGUUGAAUUAUGAACAACCCUAGUCAACCAUAUUUGGGUCGCUAUGCCGAAGGGGGAGAAAAGGUGGUCGCAGGUUGGGCAAAGUAGCCAAAAAAAUGGUAAAAAUGGUGAUUUAUUAGUGACAUACUGUUUUCUGGCAUUUUUCUUAUAACUGGUCCUCUCUGCACUGUGCUAUUACAAACGGUUUAUGGCAACCAGUGAUAUGACCAACCUCGGUAGGUUGGUUACGAAUAGUUGACUAGACU